GACAAGUGCAAUUGGACAGCCGCCAUCUUUACGUCUCUUAUCCUUGUGUCUUCAUUCAUUUACACGCAAAAGCAACCAUGGAACACGAGAUUGACGGAUGGAUCGAACAAUUAAGCCAAUGCAAACAACUAUCCGAGGCAGACGUAAAAAAACUCUGCGACAAGACACGGGAGAUUUUGAUGGAAGAGUCCAAUGUGCAGCCUGUUAGAUGUCCAGUCACCGUGUGCGGCGAUAUUCAUGGUCAAUUCCAUGAUCUGUCAGAACUUUUUCGCAUCGGAGGCAACUCGCCGGAUACCAACUAUCUUUUCAUGGGCGACUACGUCGAUCGUGGUUACUACUCUGUUGAGACUGUGACGCUGCUUGUGGCACUAAAACUUCGGUAUCGGGAUCGCGUAACGAUUUUGCGGGGGAACCACGAGUCGAGACAAAUCACGCAAGUGUACGGCUUCUAUGACGAAUGUCUUCGCAAAUACGGAAAUGCCAAUGUUUGGCGUUUCUUCACCGACCUCUUCGACUUCCUUCCCCUUACCGCUCUCAUCGAUAACCAAAUAUUCUGCUUGCACGGAGGUCUCUCGCCUUCAAUUGACACCUUAGAUCAUGUGCGCUCCAUCGAUCGAGUGCAAGAAGUUCCUCACGAAGGACCGAUGUGCGACCUACUGUGGUCUGAUCCCGAUGACCGAUGUGGUUGGGGAAUAUCUCCUCGCGGUGCGGGGUAUACCUUUGGGCAGGAUAUCUCAGAGGCAUUCAACCAUAACAAUGGGCUUACACUUGUUGCUCGAGCGCAUCAGUUAGUCAUGGAGGGUUACAGCUGGGGGCAAGAUAGAAAUGUAGUGACCAUCUUCAGUGCACCCAACUAUUGCUACAGGUGUGGUAACCAAGCGGCUAUCAUGGAAAUAGACGAAAAAUUAUCGUACAGCUUCCUACAAUUCGAUCCCGCACCGCGGGCUGGAGAACCCCUCGUUUCACGACGUGUACCGGAUUACUUCCUUUGAUUAUUUCCCUGUCGCGGGUCGUAUUGUACAUAUUGCCUGUAUCGUGUACUACAUGAUUAUUGAGCCAACACGUCACUCAAUAACGUUCCUUAUACCGGAGUGCCGCACGAUGUUUUGUGACGAAUAAUAAAGCAAAUUCCCUCUCGAUUGAUCUUGAGCAUCGUGCAUGGUUCUCCGGCUUGGUUUUUCCUUUCUCUUUUCAUAUUCAGGACAGUUUCUGUUACACGAACUCUGUAGUAUGUUGCGAAAGGUGUUUUGACGACCUUUACACAUGGUCGGGGGGCACGAGCAGUUAUUAAGUGAUUGGGCGAUCGAUAGGUUCAGGAAACGGCUUUAUAUUGAACACAUGUGACGGUACGUGUUAUCAAAGCAGUGCUGGAUCAACAAUAAUAAACAAUUCCCUGCUUUGG